UCGUAUUGGAGGUUGACCACCCCACAUCCAUGUGUAGACGGGUACACGAUGCAGGACUCGGAUACCGAAGAAUACUGCUUAGAAUGGACGAAAUUGACACCAUCGUGUGCACAACUGAGAGAUAAAGUCGGUUUUACAAGUAACUCUUGGAAAUAUACUGAUGCUGAGGAAAUCUGGGGCACAUCUCAAAUGGGACAACAUGGAACAUAUGAUGGGGGAGGAUACCUUCUCAAAUUCACAAAGAACCGAUACCAAGCUCAUGCAAUGCUGAGUGAAAUUGAAGACCUAAGGUGGAUCGACAGAGGCUCCCGAGCAGUUUUCAUUGAAUUUACAUUGUAUAAUCCCAAUUUAAAUAUUUUCAUAUACUCUAGAUAUCUAGCAGAAUUUCUAGAGACAGGGGGUGUUUUAUUGUCGGUAGACUCGUCUUCCUUCCGGUCAGUAGUAUCCGCCGAUAUGAUUGGAAGUUUCGUUAUUCUCUGCUACUUGAUUUUCAGUGUUUGUAUCAUCGCUUCUUUGUUCAAACUGCUUUACAAAAUUAAAAGAAAGGGUUGUCGCGAGUUCAUCAAAGUAACGUGGAACUGCGUGAACGUUUUAUUAGUGAUAUUGGGAUUCAUUACAAUAGUAUUUUACUUUGUACGGCUAACAUUUACGAAGAGGGCUAUGCAACUGUUUUAUGAUGAUAAAUUAACAACAGAUAACAAGUUCAUUAACUUUAACCACAUCGUAAUAUGGGAUUACGCUGUCAAUUCCGUUUUCGCUUUGGUUGUUUUUAUAUCAACCCUGAGAUUCUUAAAACUUCUAGGAUACAACAAGCGGUUCACGCAAAUAACAACCGUUGUUGCCAAAGCUGGUGGGGCACUUUGUUCAUUUGGUGUCAUCUUUGCUUUAGUUUUCCUCGGUUUUGCUUCUCUAGGGACCCUCAUGUUAGGCGUGCAGCUGAAGGAGUAUAAAACGUUCUUGUACACAUGCGGAACCUUGUCUAAUACCUUUAUUGGUAAAAAUAAAUUGAAUGCAAUGGUGGUGGCUGCUCCUUUAUUUGCCUAUGUUUAUUUUCUGACGUACACGGUGUUUGUGAUUAUGAUUUUGGUGUCCAUCUGUGCUGCCAUUCUUAAUUCCAGUAUUUCCAAUGUUAAAGCUACAGUGCAUCAGGAGACGGAAAAAAUUGGAAUUUCACAUGUUUUUAAAAAACUGAUACACAAUUUGUUUGGAUUAAGUAAUAAAAACAAGAUGAAGUCUGCAAAAGAAGAAACUAAACCUGACGUCUUCAAAUCCUUCAGCGAGGAGUUUAGUACAUCUAAUUUCAUAAGGCUUCUACAUGGCUGUCUGCAUAACGAGCUUUCGAGGACAUCACUUUUACAAGGAAGAAACAGAGAUAGAAAAAGCAACACCAUUAAAAGUCCACCACCACCAAGAAACACCCGGCAUCUGCAGAACAUGCGUCGUUCGGUUUUUCCUUUUGUUACAGACAAAGAAAUGGAUGAAAGCGUGGUUAACAUCAAUGAAAUUUCUGUUUACCAUAACAGCAACAUUGACGUUCGCUUUAUAUAAGCACGGGAAGAAAUAUGACAGUUUGGAUGUAUGUAAUUAUUUGUCGAUAUAUAUUAUUUGUUGAUAGCUGUAGCUGUUAUUUGUUAAUAUUCAUUUGUUGAUAUUUAUUAUUUGAAAGAGAUUAAGAUCUGCUAAGAAUGUUCAUAAACGUUCCGGAAAGCAUAUUGAAUUGUAAAUGUAAAUAAUUCUAUGAUAACAUAAUUAUUGAAUACGACCUUUUUUUUAUUGUUAGGAUCUUGUUUUCGCUGUCAUUACGUUGUGUGGAAAACAAUUUGAAUGUUGUUCCGAUAAAAUACAAAUUAGAAAAUUAGCGUGAAAUCAUAUAGCGAUAUCAGUGUAUCAGCAUACUGUAUCACCGUCAUCAUUCAUGUAAAGCUUUUAUCGUUGUGUAUUAUACAUGUUGAGUGUGCUACAACGGCGGAUCAAGCACAUUUUCAAAAGGAGUUGUGGCUCAAAUGUUUCCGCUCCCAUAAGGGGACUCCAAAUGGCAAAAAUUGUCAUUUUUGUCAAAUGAUUAACCAAGGAAAUCUGCUGCAUGUAGAUCAUAAUAUAAUAUAAAAUGUAUUCUUCGACAAUUUGCAUUUUGCAAUGUAUUAGAUUCUGGUGUGUCCAGGGUCCGUGUUUGCCCAACUCUCUUUUUGUAUUGCUUAUAGGAGUUAUGAGAUUGAUCACUGUUCGUUAGCCUCAUCUUUCAUUAAAUCAACAUGAUAUAGGUCAUUGGAAAAACGGGGUGUUGGAUACGUUGUGUGUUUAGUAAUUGAAUAUUUGCCUCUUCCUAAACCAAAGGGUUAUUUCUUGAUAUGAAAUUAAUUUCUUUGAAAUCGUACACUUUUUUCACAAAACAAGCCCAACUUCAAAAGAACCUAAACUUAAGAGCAGUAUUUGACUAGGUCCUAAAUAUUUAUUAAAAACUAAAUGGUUUAAAGGGGAAUAGCACAGAAGAGAAGUCUUAUAUAUGGAUGGAAAGUAGAGGAUAUGUACAAUAUCAAUAUUUUUGAGUUGUAAAUGUUCAAAUAUACCUUAUUUCCUUGAAACAAAAACGCAGUUUUAAUACAAAGUAAUCUGAAAAUAUAGAAUUAAAACUCUGCUAGACUCAAAAGCAUGAACCACAGAUCAGCGGUCGACAUAUUUACUUAGCUAGGCAAUUAGAUUUAAAAGGAAUAUUAUUAGUUUUGUAGACUUUAAGCGAGGUAAUAUGAAAAUAUAUGGAGUCCUUGAAAAAAAUCAUAUCGGACGAGGACCUCAUAUAUUUCUAUAUUAUCCCUCCAAGUAUCUAUAUAACGAAUCUAUCCUGUCGAUGAUUUUACGUAUACAUCAAUUAUAAAGGCAUAUUAACAUUCUAAUGUUCAACA